AUGUCAUCGGAUCAGUUAGAACAAUAUAAAAAAUUGCUUUCGCAAGAACCACUAAUUGGUGAUACGUGGGUGAUUAUUGAUGCUAAAUGGUUUGAACAUUGGAAACGUUUUGUUGGUAUUGAAAAAUCAGAUGAACAGGAUGUAACUGAUCCGGGUCCAAUGGACUUUACAAAGUUAAUCGAUCCAUCAGAAACAGAUGCGAAAGAACAUAUUCAACUUCGUUCAGAUGCUGUCGAAGGAAAUGAUUACAGUUUUAUUCCUGAAAAACUUUAUAAGAAACUAUUAGAUACACAUAAAAAAAUUGGUCCUGCUAUAACUCGAAAAGCAAUUCAUCAAGGUUAUAGCGUCGUUGUUGAAACAUUUUUAGUACCAUUACGUCUUCGUGAAUCAAGAUCUCCUUCUGCAAAAACAAAACAAAUCUAUCGUAGCCGUCAAGCAAGAUUACUAGAUUUGAAAACUGACUUUAUUAGAGAAUUUCGCACUCCAUUAAAUUCAAAUUACUAUUUAUAUUCAUCUAAGGAUGAAAAAGGUUUAAAUUGGGAAAUCAUUGAUGAAGCAAAUGGCGCAGUUAUUGAAGAUUGUGAUAUAAUAAAAAAUGCAUAUAUCACUUAUGAAUCGAGAUCAUUAGCAACACGAAGUGCUUGUUUAUCCAAAACAUCUUAUAUUCCUGGACUUUGUGGUUUAUCAAAUUUAGGUAACACAUGUUUUAUGAAUUCAGCUUUACAAUGUUUAUCAAAUAUUCCAGCAUUAACAGAAUAUUUUCUUAGUCAAGAAUAUAAACAACAUAUUAAUAAAGAUAAUCCCUUAGGUAUGAAAGGUGAUGUUGCUCAAGCAUAUGGUGAACUUGUCUAUGAAAUGUGGUCAGGAAAAACAAAUUUUUGUGCACCAAAAUCUUUAAAACACAGUGUUGCACGUUAUGCACCACAAUUUAGUGGUUAUGCACAACAAGAUUCACAAGAAUUUAUGUCAUUUUUACUUGAUGGUUUACAUGAAGAUUUAAAUCUUAUUAAACAAAAACCAUAUGUACAAAAACAAGAUGAUGAUGGAACUCUUGAUGAUACAACAUUAGCUAAUCAUGAAUGGGAAUCUUAUCGAAAACGAAAUCAAUCAAAAAUUCAUGAUAUAUUUCAUGGACAAAUUAAAUCAGUUGUACAAUGUCUUACAUGUAAAACAAAAGGACGUACAUUUGAUCCAAUUUGUUUUCUAAGUUUACCAUUACCACAUAAGAAAAAAAUACGAACAUUUAAAAUAGAUUAUGUUCGAUUAAAUGGAAUAAUUAAAACUUACUAUGUCAAAUCGGAUGAACAUGGUAAAAUGAAUAAUUUAAUUCAAGUAUUUUGUGAUCGUUUUCAACCACAAGAUAAAUCAAAUCAUGAAGAAGAAGAACCUAUGGAUACUGAUCAGAAGGGACCUAAACUUGAUGAGGAAGAGAAAGAAAUCGAAGAAGAUUUUACAAAAGCAGAAGAUUAUGAUGGACAUCAACCAAGAAAAGAUUAUAUCUUACCUGCUGAAGUUUAUAAUCAUCGAAUUCAUCUACAAUAUGCAGACAAUGCAAAUUUAACAAGUAUCAUGGAACGUGAUCAAAUUGUUUUCUAUGAAACAGCUGAUUCAUUGAAAAAUGGUACUCAUGGAAAUAUCCUAAUGCCAUGUGUUUUUCGAGAAAGUAACUCUCGUCAAAAUUUUGGUAUACCAAUUUAUUUGACUGUACCAAGACAAAAAUGUACUGGAAAAGAUAUUCAAGAAUCUUUACAAAAAAGAAUUAAUGAUUUUCUUCCAAUAUCUUCAAGUGAUUCAUCAGAUAAACAACCAUCGUAUACUGGUUCUUGUGUUCUUAAUACAAAUUAUCAUAAUCAACAAACAAAAUUAUUAUCAUCGAUCGCUGAUGAAAUCAUUGAUUUCAGUCGUACAACUGCAUCAGUUGUUGUUGAUGUUUCACAAUCAGUUGCUGAUGAAUAUAAAAAACAAGAAAAAGAAAAACUUGAUAAGGAAGAAAAACGUGCCGAAGAAGAGAAACGUAAGAUACAAGAAAAACGUAAUCAAGAAGGAAAACGUUCGUCAACAAGUUUAUUGGAUUGUUUCGGAUAUUUUACAUCAAAAGAAACAUUAUCAGAUGAUGAUCUAUGGUAUUGUCCCGAUUGUAAACAAUUAAAAAAAGCUACAAAAAAAAUCGAUCUUUGGCUUUUACCUAAAAUAUUAAUUGUACAAUUAAAACGAUUUAAUUAUACACGUUAUUUUCGUGAUAAAAUUGAUUUAUUAAUCGACUGUCCAUUACGUGAUUUAGAUUUAUCACCGUUUGUUUUAAAUCCAGAUGAAAAACUAAAAGCGAAAUAUGAUUUAAUUGGUGUGAGUAAUCAUAUGGGAAAUUUAGGUGGCGGACAUUAUACAGCACAUGCAAAAAAUCAUAACGAUCAAAAAUGGCAUACAUUUGAUGAUUCAUAUGUUUCAGACGUAAAUGAAAACGAUGUUAUAACACGACAUCUUGAUGAUCGUUUGAGAAAUAGUUCAUUUCCGAAUAUUGGUACAACAUGUAUGAUCGAUGCACCUCCAGCAUCAACUACAGAUCCAUAUAAAUGCGGUGAAGAUGAUAAAAAUUUCUAUGAACCACCGGAUUCAACUGAGUAUAAUCAGGGUGCACGUUGUUCGGAAUGUUUUACAAAAGCAUUACAAAUUUGUCCAGCGGAUUCUUUUGGACGACCACCAACGCGAAAAACCAAAUCCGGCAUUGUGUUAUAUGAUUUAAAUAAUUUUCCAUUGAAUGAAUAUUUACUUAAAAGUCAUCAUGCAUUUACUGAUAAUCGAUAUGGUGGGUUAACAUUUGGUGAACAAAUUGAAGAUGAUUAUCAUAAUCGAAGUCAUGCAUUAGUUUGGUUUAAUAAUAAAGGUUAUCAUGCAUUACCAUCAUAUUUAAAUGUAAUGAAUAAUUUAAUUCUUCGUUCAAAAAUUGCUGAUCCAAAAACAGCUGCAAAAUUUGGUAUAUCAACUUAUAGUCAUCCAUUUACAUUAAAUAGUGAUUUAUUAUCUCAACAAUCUCUUGAGCAACGUAUAUCAGAUUUUGGUGUUGCAAUAACUAUUCUAUGUGCAUAUUCAUUUGUACCCGCUGCUGUUAUUCUUUAUCUUGUACGUGAAUAUGUAACACAAGAAAAACGUUUAAUAUUUAUUUGUGGUGUAAAACCUUUAGUAUAUUGGUUAUCAACAUUUAUUUGGGAUUUAGUUUAUUAUAUGAUUUUAAUAAGUUUAACAAUUGCCUUAAUUAAAAUAUUUAAUAUAUCGGCAUUCAAUUCACGUGUAAUGACAACUCGAGCCAUAUUUUGUUUAUUAUUUCUUUAUGGAUGGUCAUCAAUACCGUUAGUUUAUUGUAUUGUCCGUCUUUUUAAAGAUACUGGUACAGCAUUUAUGGCUUCAUUCUGUAUUUGGAUGUUUUCGGGAAUAUUAACAUGUAUAGCAGAUUUAAUGUUAACAUUAUAUGCAUGGGUACCUGGUAUUGUACGUGUUCAAACAAUUUUAUCACGUAUUUUUCUUAUAUUUCCACCCUAUUGUCUUGGUUCCGGACUUGUUCAUUUAAUGCGUAAUGAAUUGAUGGCUGAUUUUGGUCUUACAGUCGAUGCUGAUCUUUAUGUAAAUCCAUUUUCAAUGACACUUGUCGGUGAUCGAAUUAUCGCAAUGAUUGUAGUUGGUGUAUUGGCAUUAAUAAUGACAUAUGUACUUGAUUUAGAUAUUCGAUUACCAAAUAUUUUCUACAAAGUUCCACCACCAGAAACAGCUGUUGAUAAAGAUGUUAUGGAAGAACGACAUCGAAUAUUACAUUCGAAUGAAUCAAAUCAAGAUAUAUUACAAGCAAAAAAUUUAACCAAAUUUUUUCGACGUACAACUGGUCAAUCAUUAUUAGCAGUUGAUCAUUUAUGUUUUGGUAUAUCGAAAGGUCAAUGUUUUGGUUUACUUGGAAUUAAUGGAGCAGGUAAAACAACAACAUUUAAAAUGAUCACCGGUGAUGUUCAUCCAACAAGUGGCGAUUGUCUUCUAUAUGAAAAACAAAUUCGUAAUCAAGCUCGUGAACAUCCAGGUUCAAUUGGUUAUUGUCCACAAUUUGAUGCUGUUGAUGGUUAUUUAACUAGUCGUGAAGCACUUAUGUGCUAUGCAAAAUUAAUUGGUAUAACUGAUCGUGAACAUGUUGUUAAUUUAACUUUAAGAAAAUUUCAUAUGGAAUCAUAUGCUAAUCGGGUUAUUCGAACUUAUAGUGGAGGAAUGAGAAGAAAAUUAUCAGUCGCUUUAGCGAUGUUAGGACAACCAGAUUUAAUUUUAUUAGAUGAACCAACAAAUGGAAUGGAUCCUGGAAAUCGUCGUAUAGUUUGGAAUAAUAUAAUUAAAGCUAAAAAACAAGACAAGGCUAUUUUAUUAACAUCACAUUCAAUGACUGAAUGUGAUGUAUUAUGUUCCCGAUUAGCAAUUAUGGUUAAUGGACAAUUUAAAUGUUUUGGUACACCACAACAUUUAAAACAUCGUUUUGGUACUGGUUAUUAUUUAAAAUUACGUCUUGAAGAUGAAACAUCGAUACAAAUCGCAUCGGAUAUAAUUCAACAAUAUCUUCCAGAUUCACAUAUGACGGAAAGACAUGGUACACGAUUAGAAUAUAAUAUCAAUAAAUCCCAUUCAUUAUCGAAAAUAUUUGGUUUUAUUGAAACAAAUAAAACAUUAAUGAAUGUUAUCGAUUAUUCACUUUCUCAAACUACACUUGAACAUGUUUUUCUACGUUUUGCUAGUAAACAACGAGAUAAUUCUAUUGCUAAUCUUGAAGAUGUUAUUGUUGAUGAUACAACAUCAAUAGCAUCAUCAACAAUUCAAUCAUCAUUUGUACAAACAACUGAUAAAGCAAAUAAUACAUUUUCACGUCGUUCACCAUCAUUCGUACAGAAUCAAAAUGAUAAUUCAUCUCAAACAGCAGCUGAUCUACGAGAAUUACCUGUUAUUAAUAGUUGUACAGAUCUUGUACUUAAUGUUGAUCGUCCACCAUCAUCAAUAUCAAAUGUAUCAUCACAACAAGAUGAACAUGUCUUUCGAAUUUGA